AUGGCGGUCUUUUUUCUGUACGGAAUUGUCGCAAUUUGCCAGCUCCUCUCCCUCGCUCUGGCCGCGACACUGCGAGUCGAGAUUCCUAGCUCCAACAUACUGCCGAAUCCGAAUACUCUGCCAGCUUCGACUCAUGCGACCUUGACAUCGGGCUCAGGGCCACCUAUCAAAGCCAUCAUUCGGAAAGGCAAUUAUAUCGAGUUCCCUGAGAUCAAUACUGUCGGCUCCCAUCUUCUCGACAUCUACAGCCGCGACUACGUUUUCGCACCCUACCGUAUCGACAUUUCACCGGCUCCAGACUCACCAGGUACUCUGAUUACAGGAGCAUGGGAGACAUACCGAGGAGCUCGAUGGGCGGAUCGAGGAGUUGCGCUGGUCACUGCCCCCACCGAGAAGUUGACUUUGAAUGCCAAAGUCUUGAGGACGAAGAACUUUUAUGAGCAACGCCAGGGCUUCAACCCUCUGAGUCUGCUUAAGAACCCUAUGAUCCUGCUGGGCCUGGUUGCGCUGGCUUUCACUUUCGGUAUGCCCAAGCUGAUGGAAAAUAUGGAUCCUGAGAUGAGGGCCGAGUAUGAAGAGAUGCAGAAGAAGACCGCCAUAGGCGGCCUUACUAGGGCUAUGCAAAGUGGUGGCGCUGGUGCAGGCGGCCCUGCUGAGAACUUUGAUCUUGCUGGGUUCCUUGCUGGCAGCAGCAAAAGCUCUGGGGCUGACAGGACAGCAUCUGAGGGUAUUCGGGAGAGAAAGAGAUGA